UUGCUCGCUCUUUUGGUAAUAUGCACAUGUUAGCUAGAAUUAUUAAUAGUUUGCUCUUUCAAGUUGAAAACAUGGGUUUUAGGGGAUUUCUCUUCGCGUUUGGACUUACUUGUCUAUGCAUUGCAUUGCUGAGUGAUAGUACAUUAGCGGAUGAAGAUGAGAAAAGUGAAAAUGAAGCAGAAGGAUAUUCAGUACCAGAAGUUGCAAGUGCCUACUUUUUUGAUGCAUUUAUUUCAAAAGAAAAGUUCAAAGAAAGAUGGGUUGUGUCUGAGGCAAAGAAAGAUGGAGUGGAUAGUGCAAUAUCAAAAUAUGAUGGCAAAUGGUCUGUGGAAGAACCGUCUGAACAGUCUUUGCCGGGUGAUCUUGGUCUUGUAUUAAAAUCCAAAGCAAAGCAUCAUGCUAUUUCCGUUGCCUUGAAGGAAGAUUUUGAGUUUAAUGAAUACCCACUCAUAGUUCAAUAUGAAGUCAAGUUCCAGGUGCCAAUGGAGUGUGGUGGUGCAUAUCUGAAGCUCAUAAGCAAAACUUCCACACUGAAUCUUAGUGAGUUUCAAGACAAAUCUGGAUACACUAUCAUGUUUGGACCUGAUAAAUGCGGCAUGGAUAAGAAGCUUCACUUCAUUUUCCGUCAUAAGAACCCGAACACAGGAGAAUACGAGGAGAAACAUGCGAAGACACCAAGUGGAAAGUUUGAUCACAUCUUCGAUGACAAGAAGCCGCAUCUCCUUCGCCUCGUUUUGCAGCCAGACAACAGCUUCGAGAUAUCUCUUGACGGGAGCAGCAUCUCCACUGGAAGUUUAUUGACGGAUGUCCGGCCUCCUGUUAACCCGCCUGCUGAAAUUGAGGAUCCAAACGAUUCCAAGCCGGAAACCUGGGACGAGCGCGAGAAGAUUCCGGACCCAGAUGCUGAGAAACCAGAGGACUGGGAUGAAGAUGCUCCAGCAACAAUCCCAGACCCUGAUCCCAAGAAACCCGCUGAUUGGUUAGAUGAUGAACCAAGAUACAUUCCAGACCCAAAGGCUGUGAAACCGGAUGAUUGGGAUGAUGAGGAAGAUGGAGAAUGGGAACCACCUCAGAUUGCUAAUCCUAAAUGCGAGAAAGUUGGUUGUGGUGAAUGGGAGAGACCGACGAUCGAUAAUCCAGAUUUCAAGGGAAAAUGGAGUGCGCCACUUAUUACAAAUCCAAAUUACCAGGGCAUAUGGAAACCGAGACAGAUACCAAAUCCCGAUUUCUUUGAGGAUAAAGAGCCUUUCCGUAUGACCACAGUGGCAGCUAUUGGUUUUGAAUUGUGGUCGAUGACCGAAGAUAUUCUAUUUGAUAAUUUGCUGAUCACGGAUGAUAUUUCUGUGGCUGAGAAGCUUGCUGAAGAGAGUUGGGCACUUAAAGCUACAAAGGAAAGUAUCAUCUCAGGCGAGGGCAGUAUUGUGAGUAACUUGAUGGAAGCCACAAAGGAACGGCCAUGGUUGUGGGUGUUGUAUGCAGUUGUCGUUAUCCUUCCUUUCAUCUUGAUAGCAGCAUGUUGCCUCCCAGGCUCCAAGGAAGAUGAAACUGCCCGCAAAAAGAAAACAGACGAACCAACAGCGGAUGUUCAGGAAGAAGAAGCUGAAAGGGAUGAGAAUGAUAAAGAUAAAAAAGAUGACGAGGAUACAAAAGAAGAGCAAGAUGAAGAAGAUGAAAAGGAUGAAGAAGAUAAAAAGGAUGAAGAAGAUAAAAGUAAAGAGGGGGAUGAAAACGAUGAGGGAGAUAGUAAAGAAGAUGACAAGAAACAAGAUAAGAUCAAAGAGAAGGAAGAGACGAAGAAAAAAGAAGUGGCGAGUGAAGAGUCGGAAACCAAAGAGUGAAAUCACGAAAAGUUUUGGGCUUACAUCACUUCUUUGCAUGGAGACGUUUUUGACACGAGUAAUACAUUAAAGCUUCAUUUCUAGGCUUUGCUCUUGUUUUAAGACUUUAGGCAUGUUUUCAGUCGUUAUUUCUGAUCAUUUCGUCCAAACUAGGAAGACAUAUACAUUUUUAAAAACUAAAAAUUAUGCUUACAACACCGUACUGGAAUUAGCAAGCUUUGAUUUAAUUUGGUGAAUGACAACAGUGCAUCGUUUUUUUCAAAAAUCUACAUUUUACCCCAGAUUUUAGGCGACCCGAUAGGAGUUUUCACUUCCGUCACUUUAACUAAACGUGCUACAGAAUGAAGUGGUUAGCAUGGCCCGUGUAACUGAGUUGAGGGUGUGACUUUUCGACCAACGGGAAAAUUUGUCCUUUUUAAAAGUAAAAGUGCCCUUUGCUUGGAAUGAUAUUGCCCUGGCUUGCUUUGGGACGAUUAAAUUUGUUCUAUUUUGUGUCGUGAGUGCCCCUUUCUGCGGCCUAUAGUGAUCGGAAGUGAAAACCGUGCAAAUAUGGUUAAAUCAAGUGUAAUGCAGUCAGGAAUUCCCAAAUUCGUCGCAGUGUUGUAACAUUCGUUGCAAUAAUUUUAGGCAUGGUUAUUUUGAGUCGGGCUAACUAUAUAAGUUGCGUAAUUUUUUCUUCGUCCACCUAGGUGUCCCGAUCAUCUCCACAACAUGUUUCCGUGGGGAUUACUGAAAACUCUAUUCAACUUCAUUUUGAACUAAUCAACUCAGGGGCGCCGGAACCACGGGGGCAGCUGCCCCCACUACCCUUUGCUUACGGGGGCGGGCGGGGGCAGCCUGUGCCCUUUGCUACCAUGUAAAAAUAUCAUAAAUUCAACAUUUAGUCAUGAUUCCUACUUUUCACAUAAAAACUAACCGGUAAUAUUAUUGAAAAUGCGUUCUCCCGUGGAUUUUCAAGUUUGAAUGUACUUGUAAAUUUGAGUUUUCUCUUCGUGUGGUUGCGAGCGUAAAAUGAAUAUGCCCUUUUCUAAAACUCUGUUCCCGCCGCCCUAAACUGCCUCCAGCGCCUCUGAAUCAACUUAACUUCACAGGCUAGUUUGGCUUUAUAUAAGCAAUCCGACGUAUAUUCACAAGCCACGCACAGAGGACUUUUUGUUUCGAGAUUCUUCAAUUAUUUAUCAAUUUUAAUGCUGAACUGUUUGCAGUACUGUCUCUUUAUUCUUCAUUAUAUGGAUUGCAAUUAAAUUAACGUUAACAUUUCCAUAAUAUUAGAAGUUUUUGCGAAUUGUAAUUGUGUAUUGCAUUUUUCAUAUUUUGAGAACCUAAUUAGAGAUACAGUAAGAUAAUUAAAUGUUCGACAAACCUAUAAUUACCUCAAAUUUAUCAGAAUAAAAGUUUUGCAAACUUU